AUGUUCACCAAUCACAGUGUCCACCUUGACGCCAUUAUCGCCACAGGCUCUUCGUUCUGCCAUUCUUUGGAGCACUUCGAAGCAGGCGAUGCAGAGACAGGUCAAGGCGCUCGAAUGAGCGAUGCAGGAGUCGUUCGGUUUGCCAAAGCCUGUCCGAAUUUGAUCCACGUCAGUCUUGAAGGUGCAACUCACCUCGGCGACGAGGCACUGCUUGGUUUGUUUGAGAACUGCCCGAAGCUGCGAUACGUACACUUUUCGGGAAAUGAUAAAGUUGCGGGAAACCUGAAAGGAGUGGCGCUUGAUGCCCUGCGGGAGAAGCCUGACAUGGCCAAGCAGCUGAUCAAACUGCGGCUUACAGACCAAACCCUGUAUGAGAAGAAAUUUGACAAAGCUGUCAAAGACCUCUCGGCCUAG